AUGUCUGAAAACCCACCACCACCCACGCCCUUGUCUGACAACCCACUACCAAUAAUACCCUCGCCUUAUAACCCACCACCACCCACCCCCCCCGAACGCCCCAGCAGCCCCGCCUCCUCGACCAUCAGCUGGGCCUCCUCCCUCCUCCCCCCCACCCCCUCCGACGUCUUCUCCACCCCCUUCGAGCACAACGGCCUAGCCAGCCUCCUCGACCGCGAAUCCGCUCUCUUGCAGGCCCUCCAAGAGCUCGAAUCCGAGAGAGCACAAGUAGCACAAGAAAAAGCAGCGCUUGAGCAAGAGCAGGAGAUUACGAAACGCGAGAGACGCAACCUCCAAUCUUUCCAAGCCAACCUAGUCCGCGAGAAGAUUGAUCAGAUGGCCAAGAAGCGGUGCAGCGCGCCGACUUGGAAAGAUGGGAAUGCGGAGCUGUGGGAAAUGGUGGCGGUUGGGGCGGCAGUGGUGGUGCUGGCGUCGUGUGUCAUCCCGGGAUUCUUCGCGCUGAUGACGGUGAUACAGUUACAGGCUGUGGCUUCUCGGAAGGUGUCGCUUUGGGUGCUUGGGAAGUUUGGAUUGUGA